UGUUUUGGGAUUUUAGAUACUACUGUUGAAAAGUUUCGAUUUUUCCAUCUGUUUUGAACUUAUGGUUGAAUUUGUAAAUUGGGCUUGAUCGUGGUUAAAUUGUUUUAUAAUGGGUUUUGGUGGAAAAUUCAUUUGUAUUUGUUCUUGAGUUGUUGACUUUUGGAGAUGUAAAAGAUUAUAUAUUUUAGAACAUCUAGUGAUGUGAAUUGUGCAAUUUGGGAAGUGGAAAUGUUCAACUUGCUUAAAUCUGAAGUCACUAAUUGAUAUUUGAAUGCUAGUCUUGUUGAUUUGAUUCAAUUACAACUCCUACCUCAUCCCUUGUUUAUGACAACAGGGGAUGGAGAAAGAGGGUUAGUAGGAUUCAAGAUUUGAAGAGGAAGAAUGGACUUUUUUACCAGAGACCUAAACGAGGACUCUAUCCUUAGGUGUCCGUUCUUGAGGAACAUCAAUGAACCGACUAAUUUCUCAUUUGUUUCGCCUUUGGCUUUUCCUAUGCCUGUGCGUGCAGCUAAAGGUCCAAUUUUUGAAGAUGGUCCCAAUUUUGAUUUGGCAUUUAGGCUUUUCCAUGGGAGUGAUGGUGUAGUUCCUUUAUCUGAGAGAUCUUUUCAGCGUGUAGAGAAAGUGAACCAUGAACAUCCAAAAUCCCAAUUCAACCCUUUGGCUGCAAAGGCAGCAACUAUUAGUCUAUCAUCAUUUGGAUUCGGCGGGUUCGGUUUUGACGCAUUUUCUGAGAAGUGGAAAAACCAGAAUAAAAAAUCCAAGUCAUCAAAAAAAGAACCUUCUUCACAGAAUGGUUCAAAGCAUGAGGCAGGCAAUGACUGGCUGCAAGAUGGAAACUGCCCAAUUGCAAAGUCAUACCGUGCUGUUAGUAAUGUCCUUCCACUUGUAGCGAAGGCUAUUCAGCCACCUGCCGGCAUGAAAUACAAGUGUCCACAGGUAAUAGUUGAGGCCCGGGCGGCUAUAGCACGCACUGCAUUUGCAAAGAAUCUACGCCCUCAGUCCUUGCCUACAAAAGUUCUUGUGAUAGGGAUGAUGGGGAUGGCAGCUAAUGUUCCCUUGGGUAUAUGGCGAGAACAUACCAAGAAAUUUUCACCAUCAUGGUUUGCUGCUGUCCAUGCCGCUGUUCCAUUCAUAGCAAUGCUUAGGAAGUCUGUCUUAAUGCCUAAAUCAGCCAUGGCAUUUACCAUUGCAGCAUCGGUGUUGGGCCAAGUUAUCGGCUCAAGAGCUGAGAGAUACAGGCUGAAGGCAAUUGCUGCAAAAAAGUUGUCUGCAAUAGAAACUUCCGAUGUUGGUUCGGUCCAGUUACCUGUGGUUAAAUCUAAAGACAGGCACUGUGGUGAUGAUGCUAUGAAAUGGAAUGCAGCUUCCCUUCAGCUGACAGCAACUUCAUCAACUGAUGUAUUUUGCUGAUGGUGAAUUUGUUAUUGUGUGUUCUGCAGUGUAAUUGUCUCUGUACUCUGAGUGUGUAAUUUGUUACUCCUUUUUCGGUUUUUCCCUUUCACACUGAAUGCCUCCGUUGGCAAAAUGUUUUCGUAUUUAGAUUUUUCUUCUUUACUUUUAUGCUCAAGUAAUGCUGAAACACAAGUAAUAAGUAAAUAAAAUGCCAAUACAAAACUAGUAUUGUAUUUAUUGGUUUUAUGUGAAUGAUGAUUUAUUACUUCA